AUGACGCCCGCAGGCAACUCGGCAAAGGCCCUCCAGCAGAAUCGCCCGCGCCCAACCGUCCCCAGGCCCAUUGUGCCUGCUGUACCUUUGACAUAUGUCCAGAAGCGCCCGAAACAUCAAGUUACCAGUGCAAAGCCAAAGGCUCAGGAGGAUGGAGUCCAGGCAGCACCAUCUGCCACAGUUGUGGAUGAGCAGCCUUCGUCGCCCAUCACCGAAGCUACUCCGGCUAUAACUAAUGGCACCUUGGGGGUUCAAGCACCGGAGGAGAAUAAGGAGCCCACAUCACCUCAAGCAACCAUUGCUUCUGAUGGCAAUAAAGAGGUUACACAGUCUGCUGCAGAUGAGCGGGAGGGUUCUGCUCAGGAGCCAUUGUCUGAGGACCGACAGCAAACCCCAAGAACUGAUCCGUCUGACGGUCGAUCGUCGACAUCACGGUCGACCUACCAGAUGCCGCCAGCUUCUUUCCUCCCUGCGAAUCAGAACCAUUUCCCAUCGCAGCCCGUCUUCAACAACCACCCUGCGAUGCACCAUUCCCAUCCUAGCGUUGGCAGUGUUAGAUUUGGAGCAUAUGGAGGAUCAGACAACUCGUCGCCGGCACCACCUCUAUCAGCAGAGAACGCUCCGCCUUACCCCUUCCCGCCACCGCCACCACCACCCCAGCAUGUUGCUGCUCGUUAUGGUCCUCAACAGUCGAACGGCGGUCCGACGGGUCAUUCUCACCAAUUAUCAAAUGGAUAUUCGCCCAUGGGCCCGCCUGGUCUUCAGGGCUUCUAUCCGCGCCAGGAUGGAAUGAUGAAUCAAGGCCCCGGCACAGAUAAUUUUGCCCGCCGACAGAUGGCUGCGUUUGGCCCUCCUGAUGGCUACUCCCCAUCCCAUACUCCGUUUGGCAUGGAGGCCCAGCGCUUCAAUACUUAUGAUCCAUCAACCCCCCACAGCUUCCAAGGCUCGCAAUCUUCAGCUCCAAACGAACCUGAGAAUGGCCUAGCUUUCCACGCUCGCCACCCAACAGCUGUCAUCUCAAAUGGUAACAACGGGCACAUUGAUGAUAUUCGCUUGUAUCAACAGCCGCCUCGUCCCAAUCAACGCACAGGUUCGCAGGUACUGGCACCUGGUCCGAAUAUUUUCACAAUGCCACCACCACCGCAGCUACCCAUGGGCGUUGAUCAUCUUGAUGGUCUCGUGAACUAUUUGCAGUCCCAGUUUGGUAAUGCUACAUUUGCGGAUUAUACACUUGAACUGCGCUACUCAGAUGACCGCGCUCCACCCGUCCGCAUCCCUGGCCAUAACCUCAUGCUUGCGCGAAGCCCGACACUUAAGUUGCUUAUGACAGCUCAAGCCCAAGAGAGCGACAGCGAUGGAAUGGUCGUUAGAACUAUUCUGAUCGAAUCUGAUGAUCCCUUUUUGCGGUCGGACGCGUUCUGGAUGGCUAUGCAACGGCUGUAUGGCGCACCUCUCCUCGAUCUUGGUGCCCUUGCAGCCAUCAACGUUUUACCAAAUACCCAACUGCCUUCUCCAAUGCCAGGAACGCCAGCUGAUCGUUUCGAUCUUGCUCUUGGAUAUGCUGCCGCUGGUCACCUCCUUCGAAUUCCACCAGUUAUCAGUCGCGGCAUCGAGAUUGCUAGCCAUUUCGUCAACUGGGCUACAAUUGAGAAAGCUCUGGAUUUCGCCCUUGAUGGAGGCCUUGAUUCCCAAUGGACCCUCCAGAGCCCCCAAAACAAUGGCCAAUGCCCAAGCACCUACGGCCCCGCUGUCAAUAUGCUCAUCCACCAAUCCUUGAACUUCAUUAUUCCGUCAUUCCCACCCAACUUCGAGCUGGAUACCUCUGCUGGAGACUUUACCCGCAGCCGACGACUUCCCGCCGUGAUAGAUGAAAAGCCAACCGCAAAUCCACGUCUAAGUUCUAUCAAGUUCGGCGACCACCCCACCGAAGAGAGUGUUAGAUCUACCACCGCCAGCGCCGAGAUGAUCACACUCUCGAAAGUACUACUCAACUUGCCCUUUCAUUUACUGAAAUACGUUUUGGAAUCGCCUCGGUUGGGCAAUGUACAAGGCUGGGCAACCACUGCUCUUAGGCAGAAGGUCAUGCAUGACGUUGUUGAAGAACGCGAGAAACGCCGGAUCAAGGUUCAUAGCAAUCCUCAUGUUCCCAACGCGAAGCGCAAGGCAAACGAAAAGGCUUGGGAGACUGUAGGUUGGCAGGAAGCUGUCGAGCAUCUCGGCGGCAAUGAGGCAACACCGACUCUGACGAGGACGUGGGUCGAGUUCCUUCUUUAA